GCAUUCAAUCUUUUUUUGGUGAACCAAAACGAAAGUCCAAUGUAUAGCUUAGCUAUGAAUAGAUCUAAAUAGUUGAGCAAUCCCCGAUUUAGUGUCUCCCCCCCUCUCUCUCUCUCUCUCUUGCUCUCUGUCUCAUGCAUGACUCAUGAAUACUACCAAAGAAUUAGCCGCUGUCGGAUCUUCACCAUCGUCGUCUGCAAAAGAAUCGAAACCUACUGUUACUGCGAAUGAAUGUUGUAUGUGUGGUGAUUAUGGCAUAACUAGUGAACUCUAUCGGUGCAACCUCUGUUCCUUCAGAUCUCAGCAUAGAUAUUGUAGUAAUCUAUAUCCAAAAGCAGAAACGUACGAACUCUGCAACUGGUGUCUGAGAAAAGAUGAUGGGUCAAUUAUAAGCACUGGUCACCAUGAGCAGCAAACAUCAGAUAAACGCUCAUCACAAUCAAGAAAGACGAUAAUGAUCAAGAACAAUAAUCCAGUGAGAUUGAAGAUUCAGUUACGAAGAUGUAAUUCUCAGAUACUGAAUAACAACAACAAUAAUAAUGAUCCAGUUAAAAAGCAGAAAUGUUUAGAAAGAUUGUCAUCAUCAUCAUCAUUAUCAUCACCAUCGUCUAGUGGUGCUGGAAGAAAGAACACUAACAAUAAUAAGACGAUGACCAUCUCUAAUGCUACGGAAGAAUCUGAAUCAUUGAUUAGAAGAACAAAAUCUGAAGAUAUAUCAAAUUCGUCAUCAUCAUCUGCUGGAGUAGUCAAACAAGUAUUCAGAGGUAAAGCUAGAAGGUACAAACUCUUGGAAGAAGUCUCUAGCUAGCAAGUAGUAGGCACAUAUUUUGCGACGAGGUGUGGUAGGUUUGUAGCGGUUAGAAUUUUGUCGAAUAGGGUCGGUGAUCAGGUGUGUAUCCAACGGUUGUAAUAACAUAACAAUAAUAAGUAGUUGAUAAUCAAAUACGCUAGUAGCUAAUUUGUGUUUGUUCUGAUAAUAAUAAAACAAUGAGUUGAUGAUCAAA